GAAGAGAGCACAUCAGCCAGUGUAUUUCAAGCUAAAUUACACAUGAAGGACAACACUGAGCCAGUAGGAGAGUCUUUUCUUUGCAGUGAAACUGAAUAUAUGAGAAGAAUUGCUUUGCUUCAAUGUGUGUGAUAGAGGAUUUGUUUUCCAUUGUCAAACACAUACCAGAUGACCAUCCUUGCACCAACCCUGAUUCAGAGCAAGGCUAAGGUAGUUGCAGGUAAAGUGUCUGUGUGUGCUUAUGUUCCUGAGCUUCCCGGUCUCCAUGGCUGAGAUCCCCGGACCAUGCAGGCACUCUAUAACUAGGGACCACCUGCUGACACUCAAACAUCUGAUGGAUAACCAAUUGAGAAGCGGGUGCUCAAUAACCUACACAUUCAUCGAACAGAAAUCUUUGAGCAAGUGUUGCUUUGUGAAAGCUGCCUUACCCUGGAUAUUGGAGCUCCUCACCACCCACUUCAAAUAUAACAGGGGUUCAGUCAACUACACCUAUGUUCAGUCUUUGAGGGCACUCAUCCUCAACAUCUACUCCCAGAAAUGUGUUCCUCAGAUCAACGAGGAGAUUGAGGACAAGCCAGAGAGUUUUGAAGUGCUUUACAGGGGAUCCCCUACAGAGGCGCUGCAGAGAGCUUCGGGAGUGCUGUCUGUAUACUUGGAGCUGGUAAAGACAAGUGACGCACCAUUGGACUGGAGUUGCCAGUAUGAAUACUCAAAGUUGUUUGGUUCAAGCACAGAGCAACCAAAAGCGUCCCCCACACAAGGCUGCACAGACAGUUAUGUUACGAGGUCACAGAAAGCCUCUCAGAGGAGACCAAUGAGAGACCUAUACAAGCUUGGCUUCGUCAUCGCCUCCAUCUUCGGAGCACUACUGCUCCUAUUUACUCUCUUCUGUCUAAUCACACAAAAGAGGAACCACAUUGGUCGCAGAUCCCGAUCUCAUAUGAUUGCUAGAGAGGAGCAAGGGGGGACCGAGAUGGCGCUACAAUAAUAGUUCUCAGACAGCAGGGGCAGACAGACUCAUCAUGAAGAUAUGUGUUUCAUCCACAAAGAACAAGAUUUCGUCGCAGUCAUUGGCCAUGCUGACUGAUUUAAAGUGGAAAUUUUGCUUUGAACUGGGGCAAACAUGGACAUUUGUUGAAUAAAUAUUCUGUCGACAUGAUGAUUAUGCAUCCUAUGAAAAAUAUAUUUCAAGUCCACUAAAUGUAUUUCUCCACUACACAUGUAUGUUGACUAACGUAUCUGUUUAAUGCCUAAUCAAUGGUUUGUAUUGUUGUCAAAACGUUAUUUAUUAGUUGAAUAUAUACAAUUUAUGUAUAAUAAAUGUUCCAUACAAUACAGUAUGUGUGAAAUGUCACUAAUGGUCUUCAAGUGUAUAGCAGCCGAAGCAUUCAUUCGUCAACAAAGUAAAUAUUACAUUUAACGAGCAAAGAAAUAACUUUAUUAUAUGCUUUGGAUAUUUUGUAGCCGCCUAAUUUUUGUAAGACUUGUUUCACGAGAAAUUCAAAAUACUUUAAUGAAUUAACCCAAUGCAUUGCACAGACAUUUUUUUGAUGUUCAGGCUUAGGAUAUUGAUGACAAAUAAACCAAGUCAUGUUAGAGAGUGUGAAGUGCCUUGACGCAAACCCUGAAGAAGAUUGUUCAGUUAUUGGUUAGAAACACACAUUUGGAGAUAAAAAUGUCUCGAGGGCUUGAUAGUAUUUGGUGGGGAAAAUGCUUUAGUACAAGCCUGCUGUUUGGCAUUUUACUGUAUGUAGUGCUGCAGUAAACAAACAACAUUGAAAUGGAGGAUAGAAGGACCAAGUGUUGCCACUGCAUUCCCUAAUGUUGUCGACUUACUUUGUGCUUUUUCUGUAAUAACUCGUUGUCGCGGUUCAGAUUGAUAUCUUUUAUCGGGUCUUAACUUGAGUGGAAUUGGACACUAAGCAUAUGAGUGUGAGAAGAUUCUGUGUGAGAGCGCAGCAGACAGGGAUGGGAAAAUGUGUUCCUUACAUUUACCUUCCGAGAUGUGCAAUAUAAUAUGAUUUACACCACUAGACAGAUUGCAAUUUGUGUCUUAUCUCUUUUGGCUGUUUCCCGACAGAAAAUCCCAUGACCUGACUUUGUGAAACAUUUGAGAAAUAUUUUGUUUUGUUUUUUUCCCCCUGUUUCUAUUUGCCAAUUAAAAGUUAGAU